AUGUCCGCCCAAACCCUAGCCACAACUCUGGAGGGUCAUGAAACCCCCGUCGAGAAGGCCUUGACCCCCUCGAAUGCUUCGCAUUGCACGUCGUCAGAGUCUCGUGGCGAUGCAGAUGCUGAGGCCCAAAAGACGGUCGGUGAUGAACCCGAGGACAAAUACCUUCAUGGCCUAAAGCUUGUCCUGGUAUUCAUCGGUUUAUCCUUGGCAGUUUUCAUCAUCAUCCUGGAUCAGACUAUCCUCGUCCCCGCCUUACCCAUCAUCGCUUCCUCAUUCCAUGACGUCAAUCAGAUUGGUUGGAUCAGCUCGUCCUACUUUGUCACUCAAUGCUCUUCCAUUCUCCUCUGGGGACAAGCCUUGGCUCAUUUUGACCAAAAAGUGCCACUCCUCAUCGCGAUUGCGAUCUUUGAGGUCGGCUCGUUGAUCGCUGCCGUGUCUCACAAUUUCGUCACUCUCAUCGUCGGAAGAUCCAUCGCCGGUCUAGGUGGAGCGGCCAUCAUGGUCGCGACCAUGAGUAUCUCUUCAGCCGUCAUUGAGCUCAAGAGACGACCAAUCUUUUUCGGGUUAUUCGGAAUCAUCUUUGUCAUUGGUUCAAGUCUAGGUCCAUUGAUAGGAGGAUCAUUGACGACCCAUGCCUCAUGGCGAUGGUGUUUCUGGAUCAAUCUUCCCGUCGGUGGGAUCUCUAUGGGCGUGAUUGCACUCGUUAUUCCCAAGCUCGAACGACCCGCUCUGGCCGAGAAACAGCCUUCAUUCGCCACUCGAGCGCUCCAACGAGCUUUCGGUGAUUCCAACCUCCUUCGAACGGAUGGAUUGAUCUCCAGGAUUGUAUCACUCGACUGGAUUGCGACUGCAAUUGUACUUGGUGGUAUUGUCAGUCUCACUUUGGCGUUGAUCGAAGGCGGAGCUCACGGUUGGUCCACUCAUACCGUCAUCAUUGGUUUCACCAUGUUUGGAGUCUGCCUCAUCCUUGUGAUCCUGUGGGAAGUUCUCGUCAUGAAAGAAGAUGGCAUGGUUCCGCUCCGAGUGACGAGAUUCAGAUCAGUCUGGGGAUCAUCAGGUGUUGCAUGUGCCCGGAUGAUGAGCGCUCUUUCCAUCUUCACGUACUUGCCAACUUUCCUCCAAGCGACACGACACGAAAGCUCAUUGAGAUCAGCCAUUCAAACUCUCCCAUACGCCAUCGGAAUGGCCAUGUUUGCCCUUAUUGGCGCUGUCAUCGUUCAAAAGUCAGGUCGUUUCAAGUGGGCUCUCCUCCUCGGAACAGCUGUCUGCUCUAUCGGAGGUGGUCUCUUGUACACUCUGGACGUGCACUCUUCCUACGCCAAGAUUGCCGGAUUCCAAAUCGUCGCGUGUCUCGGCGCAGGCCUUGUCAUGAUGAACGCCGUUCUGGCAGCUCAAGCUGAAAUGGAUGCCAAUGGGUUGAUCAAGGACAUUCCCCAAGCUACUGCCCUCGUGACCCUCUUUCAACUACUCGGUGGAAGUUUUGGUGGAUCCAUUGGCGGGGCCUUACUUUCUGGAGGUGUCAGACGAUACGCUUCGAGUCUGCCUCAUGACACUGUCGUUGCGCUGGCACAGUCUGUCGACAGUAUUUGGAUGCUAUCCGGUGAAGCUAGGACCAUCGCUGUUCAGGCUUAUGCCCGUGCUUCCAACGAUGUGUUCCUUGCGGGUGCCGCGGCCGGUGUCGUCGGGUUUCUGUUUGCUUUGAUCUGUAGGGAUAGAAACACUAUCACCUGUUCCCGAAGCUCAUCAACAGCCAAGACAACCAUCAUGGCCCCUGCUGCGCCUUCCUCCACAGAUGCCUCAGGCUACCCAGCUGAAAAGUACUUGCAGAAGAAGGGUCUGCUGGGAUUCGGAAAACCAGGCAAGGGACUCACCGUCUCACCGACCGACAAUGCCCUAUCACCCUGUAGUGCAAAGUUGAACGGGGCCAAGCAACGACAUUUUUCAAAGGGCAAGCCCACCAAUAUCUCCUCAUCCCUCUGCAAUGUCGCCGCUAUUCGAUCCGUCUCUUCAGCAUCUUACAUGUCCACAUCCUCUACCGCUUCGGAGAAACCCAGAGCCGACUUUUGAGACCUGGACAUCGAUCAGAGGGUGAGACAACAGAAUAGAUGAGACGUCAUCUGGUCCACGGUCCUCUCCACCUCGAUAUACCUCCCUCAAAAAGCCGCCACCUGAGCGACAGAUCGAACCCAAAGCCAGAAAACAAAACCAACAUCUGUACACGACCUCAUUUGUAUCCUCUUGUAAAAGCUCUACCAUUCACUUCUUAUCAUAGGUAUCAUGCAUGCGUUACCUAGCU